AUGUUCAAUACAUACACAAACUCAGUUCUAUGGCCGAUUAGAAGUAGGAAUUACCAUGAUUACUGCUCUCUACUCCCUGAGAGAUCUGAAACUUACCAAUCUACAUCGUUGAGAUGUUGCUGCGCUAGUUCUCGCUCUAGCUCACGCUGCUGCUGUUGCUAUUCAACACCAUCUUCUUCUUCUUCAUUUGUCAAGCCUAAGGUAUCGAUAAACCCUGGAUUUGUGCUUUACGGGCUCAGACAAUCCACUCUCAUUCAAUGUCCUCCGUUUCGAAGGAGGUUGCUGCUCGGUGUGAGUGUGAGUCGUCUUCCCGAUGUGCAUUGCUGUGAAUCUGAGGUGUAUUCAUCUUGUGGUGGCAUUAGACGAAACCGGGGAUUUAGGAUUAGGGCUUCUGAAGAAGAAUGUGGUAGAAGUUGUUGUCCAGAUGAUGUAGAGGCUAUGAUUUCGUUUUUAAGUGAGGAAUUGAUUGGUGAAGAAGAGAGAAAAUGGAACUUAGUUAGUAGUGUUGAAGAGAGGAAGAGAGUGAGGUAUGGUGGGAAUGCGAGAAAGGUUAGAGAUGAAGUUAAGAACGAAAGAGUUAAGAGACGAAAUGGGAUUAGAGAAGAUGUGAAAUUAGAGGAGAAGUAUGAUUGUGAACAUUGUGGGAGGAGAAAGGAAAAUUCUCAGCUGGAGAGUGGUGACUCUUAUAGGAGGAAGGAAGAAGAAAGAGAAGUUCGGCCGAGAAGGACGAAGAGGUCGAGUUGUUCAUCGUAUUAUUCACUUGCUUCUUCUUCAGGGGAAGUUGAGAGUGAUGAAGCUGAAGAACAGGAGGAGGAUGUGGAGUUUCGUCGUGAGAACGUGAGAAGUUCAGAGAAGAAGAAGAAGAAGGUUGUUGAACAGUCAAGCAAAAGAAUGGAAGCGUCUCAGAUUCAUUCGAGGAGAAAGAGAGACGAGAGGUCCAAUCAGGUCUUUGAGGAAGGGGAAACUUCAAACCAGGCGGUGAGUUUGAAGCAGAGAAGAAGAGGGAAGCAGUUUAGCCAGACUGGUAAUAGACAGUCUGAAAAUUAUGAAGAAGAUAUGGAAAUUCAUGAGAUCCAUGUUAACGAUGCAGAGACAAAGUCCGAAAAUCAGAAGAUAUUUGGUGAAAGGGAGGAUAAUAGAGUCCACUCUGUUCGUAAUGAUUACGGAAGAGAAGAUGUUGAGAGUUCUCAGCAGCAACUGGAGGAAAGAUUGAGGGCUCGUUAUAGCAGUGAGGAAAGAGUUUCUGAUUUGCGGAGAAGAACCAAAUAUAGCAGUAACCAAGAGGAAGGUGUAAAUGUGGUCCAAAAUUUCCAGGAGGUGACGAAUACGCAGCAACCUCAAGUAGAAGAAAGGAUAGCUAAGCAAGCUGGUUUGAGAAUGAGUACUGAAGGUAUAAAUGCUCAGCAACCACAAGUAGAAGAAAGGAUAUCUAAGCAAGCUGAUAUGAGAUUGAGUAGUGAAUACUUCUCUGAACAUUCAGAAAUUCAUGACAUCAACAUCAGAAAUACAUAUGUCUUGCAACGCGAAGAACAGAUUCGAAACCAAGAAGUACAGGCUGGUUUGCAAUCAGAAGGGAGGCAGCAAGAUUAUCAUAUUGAACAAAACCCUUUGCCAAAGAUCCAGUCUGACAGAACUUCUGUAUCUCGUAGUAGUGAUGCAGUAAGGUAUACAGAAGUUGAGAGAAAAUCUGAGAAGAGGUUUAUUGGUCAAGGAAGUACUACGAUUGUGCAAUUGGGCAGCGAAGCAGGAAAAAGCGGUGCUUGGAAAGACUCUAUGCUAGAUCAUGCUAACUCGAGAAAAGAAGGUCAAAAGCCCUUACGGCUGCAAAGUUCUCAGGAGAAGCUAUCUGAAGUGGCCUCAACUUCUCAUUCAUCUUCGACGUUGGUCUCUGGUAAUAGAAUGCAGCUUGUAGAUCUGGUUUCAGAGGAGAUGAAAGGAUCUGAAACAACACUGAUUCCUCCUUCUUCUCAGCUGGUAAGCAGAGGCUCUGGGCGAAGUUAUGGAACUGGUGGAGUUACCAUUCAAGAAAUUUCCGACGGAACUUCAGAAAGUGGUUAUCCCACAACAUUUGAACAUCCAGGAACAGGAGCUUUUGAUAACAGUCAGUCUGCUGGAGAACUGAUGAGAUUUACAGGACAAGAAGAUGCUCUGGAUUCUGCUCAUCGGUUGGAACAGUCAUCAGAGAAAUACGUUGGGGAGUUUUUGAGAAAGGCCAAGCAUGAAGUGACAACUCCAGAGACUGAGGAGCCAAGAGACGAAAGCAAUCAGUUGAAGAGACGAGACUCAAAGCGAUCAUCUGGUGGUUCAGGAGCAAAGGGACCUCCAGAUGAAAUGUGGGUCACGAAUUCUGCUCAGGGAACUCCUCAACCAGUAGCCACAGAAGGAAAUGCUGUUUUCAAAAGAAAUGGUAGAUCCCUGUGGAGUGUGAUCGGCGAUAUUGCUCGGCUUAGGUGGGGCUCACGAGUUGGAAGCCCUGACUCGAGUGCAAAGCCCGCUGGAAAGAGUUCACCCAGCGAGUCAGUCAGCAGUGCAACAUGGUUUUCUGGACGUGAGCAUGGAGGAAGCAGUGAUGAUAACACAAAAGGGAAUAGAGUUUCGCCGCCAGAAGCUGCUUCUCCCAAAGGCCAAUCUGAACCUUCAGGCGCUACGACUCCGAAGCAGCAAUCUGGACAGCAUGAAGCUGUAGCUUUAUCUUCACCUUCUGCAAUAUUAGAAGCUGGCUCUGCAUCAAAUCUCAUUUCUUCCACAUCUGGUGAUCAAAUCGUUGCCAUAGACGAAGAAGAAGGCAGAGACUUUGAGUUUCGUCUCUCUAAAACAGCUUCGACAGAAGUUCCAAUGAGACUACCUAGUCGAAACCUGAGAAGAUCUCCUGCUAUCAAAGAACCAUCAGAAACUAGUCCCACCGAGGUAUCUAUCGAUCAAAAUGUUACUCUGGGAAAAGGAAGCCGCUAUCAGGCUCGUGUUCCUGAGAUGGAUGCAGUAGAAAAGCCGUUACCAUUCCCUCCAGCUCGAAACCUAAGGUCUCCUGUUAUAAAACAACCUUCACAACCCCGUCCUACCAUUGUAUCUGGCAGUAGCAGCUUAAGAGAGCAACAACAACAACAACCUCUAAGUGAAAAGUCUCAGGAGGAAGCAGGUUCCACUCAAACAGACUCUCCAUUGAUACAAAGGAAACUUCAGAGGAACAAGCAAGUUGUGAGAGACAGUUUUGAGGAGUGGGAAGAAGCUUACAGAGUAGACGCUGAAAGACGUACAUCCGACGAAAUAUUCAUGAGAGAAGCGUUAGUAGAAGCCAAGAAAGCUGCUGAUAUAUGGGAAGUACCUGUUGGAGCUGUGCUUGUGCAUGACGGGAAGAUCAUCGCUCGUGGUUUUAACCUAGUCGAGGAUCUUCGUGAUUCGACCGCUCAUGCAGAAAUGAUUUGCAUUCGAGAAGGUUCUAAAGUACUUCGUUCAUGGAGGCUCGCGGAUACGACGCUCUACGUAACACUAGAACCGUGUCCAAUGUGUGCGGGAGCAAUACUUCAAGCAAGGGUCAAGACUCUUGUGUGGGGUGCUCCUAAUAAGCUUCUCGGAGCAGAUGGUAGCUGGAUCAGGCUGUUUCCUGGAGGCGAAGGAGACGGAUCAGAAGGUUCUGAGAAGCCGCCGCCUCCAGUGCAUCCGUUCCAUCCUAACAUGACAAUCCGGCGCGGAGUUCUUGAAUCGGAAUGUGCUCAGACGAUGCAGCAGUUUUUCCAGCUGAGGAGGAAGAAGAAAGACAAGAACUCAGAUUCACCUGCUCCUACGGCCGAUCAUCAUCAUCACCAUCCGUCGAAACUCCUCAACAAGAUGCAUCAAGUCUUUCCCUUUUUCUGUCUGUAG